AUGUCAUCGACGAAAGACAAGUCCAAGGUUCACAAGUUGUCCUUAAAAGGGUCGGCGAAGCUUGUGGCCGAGUUUUUUGAGUACUCUAUCAACUCCAUCCUAUUUCAGCGAGGAGUCUACCCUCCAGAGGAUUUUACGACGGUCAAAAAAUAUGGUCUCAAUAUGCUUGUCACGUCCGACGAUCAAGUCAAAGCCUACAUUAAGAAGAUCAUGUCGCAGUUGAACAAAUGGAUGCUGGGAGGCAAAAUUUCCAAGCUCGUGGUAGUAGUAACAGACAAGGAAACUGGAGAACAUGUAGAGAGAUGGCAGUUUGACGUUCAAAUCUACGGAAAGCACAGCAAGACCAAAUCAUCCCGGACAGUUGGCGAUAAGGAAAAUGCUAGGCCAGUAGACGCGGGCGCUCAAGCCGAAGAGACGGUUGAAAAAACCGAUAAAGAGAUACAAGAUGAAAUCCAAGCUAUCUUCCGACAGAUAACUGCCUCUAUUACAUUUCUUCCGGUUCUGGAUGGGGACUGCACCUUUAACGUUCUAGUAUACGCAGACGCAGACUCGGAAGUGCCAGUCGAAUGGGGUGACAGUGACGCCAAAGAGAUCAAGAACGCGGAGAAAGUACAGCUUAGAAGUUUCAGCACAAAUAACCACAGAGUGGAAACACUCGUCAGCUACCGCCUUGCUGACUGA